UCAUGAAAGCUGCAGCGAUGUCGGUUUGGAUAUUUAUUAACAUCCUCUGCUUUGGUAUGUGUGGCUACUUGUAUUUAAUAUGGUAUCAAUACUGGAUGUAUAUAGAAAAGCAGAAAUUAUUUGGCAAAACGUCAGAAGGCCCACAAAGGACUAGCCUUAGUUACCAAGAUCGGUAUACAGCUGAAAGGAAACCAUCUGAAUUGUUAUUUAAUUCUACUUUGAAAAUCGAUUUCCUUCGGAAAAAUCGGAGGUCAGCUAUCGGCGGUUUCUGGAGUAGUGGUGUGUCUAUUCGAACAUCUAACAAGACUUCUGGUUCCUACAUCCAGCCGUCCAAUAACAUAAUAAGGAAGAGCAACGGCAGUCCCAGGUUCCCCAACAUCCACAGGCCGUUGUUAGAGUUCGACAGCGACAAAUACAUUUGCAAUGAUCUAUUAUCAACAGAAUGUGAAGAGAAAACCGCAGAAUUUAAGAAGCUACUGCUUAAGGAGUUUCACAGAGUCCUUAUGGGAGAAAGCAAAGUUUUUAAAUCAGGGUUAGACGCUCUUAAUACGUAUGAUGUUAAAUAUGAUAAUAGUAAUCGUAAAGAGAGUUCAAGAGAGCAGGUGAUGUGUGCUCUUAAAGGUGUGAAGGUGCGGACAGUUACUGCUGAUGAUGAGCCAUUUGCGCGACUCGGGUUUAGAAUACCAAGGGCACCACUGCAAGAGGGACGUCAUUAUAACACGUGUGCUGUUGUCACAAGUGCUGGGGCGCUGCUUGGCUCCGAUUUAGGAGAAUUUAUAGAUUCUCACGAUAUGGUAUUGAGAUUCAACAACGCGCCCACGGAAAAUUAUACAGAAAGUGUCGGUUCCAAGACCACUUUCCGAGUUCUCAAUUCGCAGGUAGUAUCUAAGCCUGAAUUCAACUUUUUGGAGGACCCGCUGUAUCGCAACAUUUCCAUUAUAAUAUGGGACCCUGCGAACUAUACUGCAACAUUGGAUGACUGGUACCACAAUCCAGAUUAUCCUCUAUUCCCUGUCUAUAAGAGGCUACUUGAACAAAAUCCGAACGCAGAUGUCCAUUUAUUGAACCCGCAAGUAUUAUGGGCAUUGUGGUCGGUACUCCAAGACACAUCGCCGUACCGCCUGCGUAGAAACCCACCGUCAUCAGGUUUCAUAGGUCUAUGGUUCGCGCUGCACCGCUGCGCGCGCGUGCGCAUGCUAGAGUACGUGCCGUCUGCGCGCGCGACGCGCCGGUGCCACUACCACGCGCCGCACGCCGACGCCGCCUGCACGCUCGGCGCCUGGCACCCGCUAGCCCACGAGAAAACCGUCGCAGAACGCAUGCGUGAUAACGAUGAUAUACAAGUCUUUCAGAAAGGAGUGAUUGAUGUACCUGGGUUUCGUAGUAUUGUUUGUCCUUAGGUACGAUGCUGUUCAGGUUUUGUUUCCCGUUUUAAUGUUGCCAAAAUGUGUAUAAGGCGAAGGAGCAAGUCUUCCAUUCAAGAGUUAGCGACUUUCAAACCAAAACAUGUUAGUUUGUACCAUUGUUUUCAAUGUUGCCAAAAACCGUCAUUAAUUGUGACGAUGGGAUAAAAGUGACCAGACAUAAAACUUUCGCUCUGCACAGAGAGACAUGAAACUUCAUUAUUCAUUCGUUUUCUUCAUUUAAGAAAAGCGAUUACCCUGUAAUCUAUUGAGUAAACAAACCUUAACAACACAGAUUCAACAAAGUUUUAUUAAUAGGUUAUUUGAAUAGCCCAUCCCAAGCGUUGUUUUGAAUUAAUUGACAAUAUUAAUGACUGCGUGUCGAUAUGUGCUAUUUAAUUAUGCCUGUAACGAAUUGCUUUGUGUUGUGUUUUAUUGUUGAAUUCUAAUUGAGCUUACGUUGUUAUUUGUCCCGCAAUUUAAUUAAGAAGAAGGAAUUAUUCAUUAACGGAAUUGAAUGAAUGGUGUCUUAAUUUCUUUGAAGUUAAUAUAAAGUUUGAAAAAGAUUGAACUGAAAUAUGUAAAAUUAUUUUACAUAUAUUUUAGGAUAAAUAAGAAUAUUCGUCAUAGCUAUACUUAAUUAUGAAAUUAAAUGUCUUCCUGUAGGUAAAUUUUUGGAUCGGAUUGCUAAGUCAUAUUUAUUUAUGGAUCAACAUAAUACCUAAGCCAGUUGCAAUUUAUUGGUAUAAAGGUAAAAUUAAUUUGAAAAAUCGUGUUAUAGAAUAAUUUUACGUUGUAAGCUUCUAGUGAUAAGCGAGAUGAUUAAAUAAUGAGCAGGCUAACUGUGAAUUUAUUUUGAUUCGUAUUGUUGUUGUUUUAUGAUCUUGUUUUUUGUGCUAUGUUAAGUUUCUACAGAAAAUGCAAAGUAAAUAGAAAUCGUUUUAUAUUUUAGCAUACCUACUGUGUGAAAAAUAAUAAACUGUGAAAGAAAAUAACUAUUUAAA